CUCUCUCUCUCUCUCUCUCUCUCUCUCUCUACAUACUAACAUACCUGAUGGGAGAACUAUCAUUCCCUGGACAACAAGGUGUGUCGAGAUCAAUUUCGGAAACGCCUCCGACUCACUACAUAUUCAAACUUCAACUAUUCUCACAGCUUGUUAACAGUAAGCUAGAGAGCUACACCUCCAAUGAAUUCCAAGCCGGCGGCUGCAAAUGGAAGCUCGUUCUUCACCCUAAUGGCAACAAAAACAAAGGAAUUACCGACCACAUCUCCCUAUACUUGGUCAUUGUUGAGCCUAACUCACCCGGCCCAGCUUGGGAGAUCCGAGCACUUUUUCGUAUCUUUCUGCUUGAUCAGAACAAUGACACCUACUAUACUCUUCAAGACACAGCAGAAAACGGGAGACGGUUUCACAAGAUGAAGCUAGCAUGGGGAUUUGAUAAGUUCAUACCCCUUGAUGCCUUCAAGGAUGCGGCCAACGGGUAUCUGGUUGAUGAUACCUGCGUGUUUGGGGCAGAGGUCUAUGUGUGCCAAGAAACAAUAGCUGGAAAAGGAGAGUGCUUAUCAAUGAUUAAGGAUCCAAUAGCCUAUAAGCAUACCUGGAGAGUCGACUUAUCUUCUAGCUCAACUGAAGAAUACGUAGAAUCUAAACCAUUUGUUGCUGGUGAACAUAAAUGGAAGAUGCAACUUUAUCCUAAUGGAAAGGGCAGUGGUAUUGGCAGCUAUGUAUCUCUUUAUCUGAAUUUAGCCGAACCAGCAAACUUACCCCCAGAAUCGAAGAUAUAUGCAGAAUUUACACUACGCAUACUAGACCAACUUAAUAACAAGCACUACUUUGGAACAUCUAGUUAUUGGUUCCGUGAAUCAAAUGCAGCAAACGGAUGGCCAAGAUUUGUCUCACAUGGCUAUUUGUAUCGACCAGCAACUGGUUUGCUGGUUAAAAACAUAUGCCUAGUAGAGGCAGAAAUCAAAGUCCAUGGGGUGGCUAAAGCUUUAUGAGAAUGCAAGUUAUACCCAAAGCAAUAUUUUAUAUGUCAAAGCACAUUGUUCAUCUCUA